CUUAACUGAACUUCUCUGUAAGGCAGGAGAAAAUGCUGGAUCAAUUUCUGCCAGCUUGUCAAAGUAUAAUACUAGGAGAGGAAAAUUGAACAAAACCAGUGUCCCACUGAAGACUGAAUGCCUUUUGUUUCUGCUGGGGUUUGGAGGCAUCUCCAGCAGGCUUGAAUCUUCGAGGUACUUCCAAGAAAGAUUUCAGGCCAUUAAUCAGAAGCGCAUACGUGCAGGGGAAUCCAGUGGAGCAUAAAUCCUGCAGUCGGACGUUCAAUUUCAGAGAGAGAGAUGACAGUCUAUACAAUCCAAAGGCCAGCUGAAUUUGGAGCCUGAGUCCAAUACCUGAGUCAUCUUAGUUGAUCUCCAAUCAUUUCUUACAAUUGGAACAAUGAGAUUGCUUUUAUUGGUGGUCCCAUCACAGGAUAUGAUCAUCAUGAUGAUGAUUUUCCUGUUUCUCAUUGGGUCAGCUGUGGCAUUGCAAACAAAUUUAUGUCUGGAAGAAGAAAUUUUACUUCUCCCUCCUGUAAAUUUCACUAUUAUAGUAACUGGUUUAUCUAAAGUUCUUUUACAUUGGAAACCAAAUCCUAACCAGAAUCCAAGGAUCAAGUGCAUAAAAUAUAAUGUGAGAAUUAACACUCCAGAUGAGGAUGAUUAUGAAACUCCAAAAACCCAAAGCACACGUGUAAAUGUACUUCACGGGGGAUUUUCAGCAAGCGUGCAGACAGUUUUUCAUUGUGAUUCCAGUUUUUUCCAAAGUAGCUGGGUUUCAGCUGAGCUUCAAGCCCCUCCAGGAGCUCCUGGGACUUCAGCUGUGAAUCUGACUUGUGUCACUAACAUCUUACGGGGUGACGUAUCUCUCCACUGCACCUGGUUUGUUGGCAAGAAUGCCCCAGAGGAUACACAGUACUUCCUGUUCUACAGGUUCGACAUAUACACUGAAGAAUGCCAAGAAUAUAAAAAAGAUUCAUGGAAUAGAAAUAUAGCUUGCUGGUUUCCAGAGACUGCCAUAGAUAGAAAAGGGCGUGGCCAGCUGGCAGUACACGUUAAUGGCUCAAGUAAAAAAAUUGCCAUCAAACCAUUGGAUCGGCUGUUUGACCUUCAUGCUAUUGAUCAAGUGAAUCCUCCAGUGAAUGUCACUGCAAAAAUAGAAGGAAAUCGUCUGGUUAUACAGUGGGAGAAACCAGUUUCUAACUUUCCUAGAAAAUGUUUUGAUUACGAAGUGAACAUCUACAAUAUAAGAAAGGAUUAUUCACAGAUACUGAAAAUUCAAGGAAAUUCUUUCAGCUUGGUAAUUGAUCCCACCUCUAAGUAUUCUUUAAAAAUAAGAGCGACAGUGCAUUUUACCUGUAGAAAGAAUGGACUUUGGAGUGAAUGGAGUCAAUUUAUUUAUGUUGGAGAGGAUGAGCCGACCCACCUGACAGAAUGGCUUUUGGCUGUGCUCAUGGCUACUGCCUGCUUUUUUGUGUUCAGUCUCUUCUUCAUAUGUCGAGUCUGCCAGUUAUGGACCAAAUUGUUUCCUCCCAUUCCAGCACCAAACACUCAAGUUAAGGAUCUCUUCUUAAGCAACAUCUAUGAGAAAACCAGGUUCGGUGAAACAGAGAUUGAAGUCAUAAGUUACUUGGAAGAUCCCGGAUUGGACAAUUUGGAUGAUUCUGUAUUUUGAUAUUCACUGAGGUAUUCCAAGGAAAUGCUCUGGGCCAUACCAGGAGAUACAAGGAUAGAUGAGCUAUUCCUUCAGGACUCAUCCUUCCUCUAAGGUAUCUCAGGUUGCAAGUGACAUCCCAUUGAGCUACACCACCAUCCACCCAACUGUAUCUUUGUUUUUGAAUCGGGACUUGUUAGUAAGUCUCUCUCUGAUCAUAGCAGGGGGAUUGAAGCCACCCAGGGACAAGUCAGGUGCUUUCAAUCUUUCGAUGAACAGGUUUCUAAUGCAAACGGAACUUUUUCUUCUUGUUCACCUCAGCACUCACGCAUUCUGUUUGGCAGGAUUCAGCCAAAGGUCUCAGGAAGAAACUCUUUGCUGGCCUCACUGCUGUAAAUGUGGCUGUUGGCCUGCCUACUGUGAAUGAAGUCCAUGACUUCAAUAGUUCUUCCUGUUUGAGAGUGAUGGGAACUAUUUUCUUGUGUGUGUGUGUGUGUGUGUGUGUGUGUGUUCUAUAAACAUAGAAUGUCUGGGGUCAGGGGUGGAGCCAAGAUGGAGAAGUAAAGGCAAGGACUUGCCUGAGCUCUUCCAAAUUCCCCUCCAAAAAAUAUUAAGAUAAUGCCUCUAAAUGAAUUUUGAAGUGGCAGAACCAAUAAUAGGAUGGGGUGACACAGCCCAAGACAACUUAGAAAUUUGUCAGGAAAGAUCUGUCUCACUGGGAUGAGAGUGGAGCACAGUCCAGAGGAAUGUGCCCUAGUAAGCCAGGCAGCAGCAGGCCUUGGGGGCAACUGAAUCAGUGGCAGCAACUUCUAGAGCUUUCAGACCAAAGACAAUAAGGGGGUCAAACAGCUGGUCAGAGCAUUUGCUGGCUCUGGGAGCAGAACUCUGUUACAUUGCCCAUAUGUGGCUCUGGACCAUACUUCCAGAGCUAGAAGAGCACUAACCAAGCAGGAACCCUGGUCACAGCUCCAGAGCAGAAAAGAGUGCAUGUAGUCACUCACAGACCAGAGCUCAGGCCAGAGCACAGUAACCUCACUUCUCCUUAGGUCAUACUAUCUUGGAAGAACUGAAAAUUUAAAGAGCCCCAGAACUAGCUCUGAAAACAGCAGCAUAAAAAACCCUGAAACUUGGGAUAGUACCCACUUCACCCCAGGAAGAAAGCCCAACUUUAAUAUAAAAUUAAAAGUUAAUAAAUACACUGGGAAAAUGAGCCAACAACAACAAAAGAACUUGACCAUAGGUUACUAUGGUGAUAGGAAAGAUUAAGACACAAACUCAGGGGAAGAAAACAAUGUCAAAACAGAUACAUGAAAAGCCUCAAAGAUAAAAUGUGAAUUAGUCUCAGUCUCUCCUCCCCACCCCACCCCCCAAAUAAUUGCUGGAAGAGCUCAAAAAGAAUUUUAAAAAUCAAAUAAGAGUGGUA